UGGAAUGGAAGAAAAUGUACUAUGGGACUAAAUAUGAAAGACCUUAUUAUUGCAAUCAAUUUAUUGUUCUUCGAAAUCCAUAUGGCAUCAUAAAAGCUGAAGAUUGUUUUCCAAUUUUGAUUAACUUUAUGGCCGACAGAUAUUGCAGAAAACCUGCAUCAGACAUGAGCAUUCUUCUAGCUGCAAAUCCUUUAGCAUGUCUAGCUGACGCUGUUGUUACAGAACGAUUUCCUGAGCUGCAAUCCAAGGAUACAAGGCCAUGGUGUGUUUUUGCAGUUGCUAUGAUAAUUUCAGAAAGUGUUUGGGAUGUUUAUCGACUAUACAAAUGCCUUUUUACUGAUAAAGCUGAGACCUCCAUACAUGAUGUUACAGAUGCAAUGUAUUGUGUUGCAACAUUUUUGCUGUAUUUCAAGAAUGGUGUGGGGCUAAACCAUGGGUUGCAUUAUAGAGUUUAUCAUGCACUGUACAUGAUUGAAAAUAAUCUUCCUAGUGAACCACUUAAAAAGUCGUUGAAAAUUAUGAAAGGUUUACCUGGACAGCAAAGUAUCCAUAGUUACAGUGAAUCUUCCUCCAAGACCAAUCUGACUUAUGAACAGCUGAGGAUACUGAACCAUCGUUUUCAUCCAAAUCAGAUAAUCAAAAUUGUUGCUCUAGCAGGUACUGGGAAAACUACUACAUUGUUACAUUUUGCAAGAUUAUAUCCUCAAGUUCGAUAUUUGAAUGUUAUGUUUAAUAAAGCCAUUUGUGAGGAGGCGAAGUCCCAAUUUCCACCAAAUGUGAAGUGCAAAACCGCUCAUUCAUUAGCUUACAAAGUGUAUGGCAGUCUGUUGAAACACAAGUUAGUUACAAGGAUGCGCCCUCAUGAUCUUGUCACAUUGUUAAAAUAUCAUGCUUCAUCAACUAUCCAAGUCCAUUCAUAUGCUAAACUUGUUUUGUAUACAUUAGAAAAUUUUACUGUUUCUGCUGAUCCUGAAAUCAAUAAAAGCCAUGUACCUUUCCACCACAGAGAUGUUGAUAAAAGAUUGGUUUCUGAACUAGAUAGAGAAAAAGUAUUUAAAGAUGCUGUUGAGAUUUGGAAGAAGAUGAUUAAUAAGGAUGAUACCUCUGUUAAAAUAACUCACGAUGUGUAUCUCAAGCUUUAUCAGUUGAGUAAGCCUAAAUUAUCAGAAUAUAAUUGUAUUAUGGUUGAUGAAGCUCAGGAUUGCAAUCCAGCAAUGCUAGAUGUUGUAUUAAGUCAGAAAUUGCCUGUCAUACUUGUUGGGGACCCAAAUCAGCAAAUUUAUGGUUUCCGUGGUGCAAACAAUGCCCUACAAAGUGUGUCUGCUACACACACCUACUAUUUGACAAAAUCUUUUAGAUUUGGUCCGGAAAUUGCUUACAUUGCAUCCUGUUGCUUGGAAGUUUUGAAGUUGAAUUCUCAUGAAACUCUUGUGGGAAGUGAAAAGACAUCAUACACUGAUGGUAGAGUUAUUGGACAGUAUGCAAUAAUAUCACGCACAAAUGUUACACUGUUUAAUGAAGCUGUUAGAAUAUGUUGUCUGCAAAACAGGAAGAGAUAUGAGCCUGCAGUCAUUCAUGGUGCAUUUGCUGGAGGCAUUAGAGGUUAUGGUUUUGAUCAGAUUAUCGAUAUUUAUAACUUGAGAGCAAAUUCUAGAACACACUCAAAAUUUCCUGUAAAAGACAAGUUCAUCUCCAGGUUCAAAACAUUUGCUGAUUUAAAUAACUAUGCCAAGAACGCAGACGAUCCUGAUCUUCUUGCUAAAAUUGAGCUUAUCAAUGCGCAUGAUUACAAAAUUGUGGAUUACAUUAAGACCAUAAAAGAAAAAUGCAGUCAUCCUAUAGAACUUGCCAGUAUUGUUUUCUCUACUGCUCACAAAGCCAAAGGUUUAGAAUUUGAUACUGUUUCUCUGACAGAUGAUUACCAAAUUGGAAAAGUGCCUGUUGAUAUAAAUAAUCCAGCAUGGUCUGAAGAAACUAGUGUAUUGUAUGUUGCUCUAACUCGAGCCAAAAAAUCUCUACUGCUUCCUGAAAAGUUGCUUAAAGUUCUUCAUAUAGCUCAGGAAAAGUUUGAGUAUCCUGUAUCAUCAAAAAGUGUUUUGCAAUCUGAACCAUCAUUAAAAUGCAUCAAUUGUCAAGAAGACUUUGUACCUCAUACUACUCUGGUUCUAAAGCGUCGACAAAAUCUUUUGUCUAGCAAUCGUCAAAUUAAAGGUGGCGCCUUAUGCAUGAAAUGUGGUACAGAACCUUCAACUAGACCAGAAAUAAGAGUGGAAAUGGUAGUCAUGUAUUUGGACCGAACAAAUGACUUUCAUCAUCAGAGCAUGUCCGCUCUAAUUGGUCCUUUGCCUGGUGAUCCGCCAAUUAACCGUAGUGUUGAAGUUUUCAAUGACAUGGAUAUUGUGUAUGUUAUCAAUGUGAAUGUGUAAAUAAUUCCAAAUUUGAUGUGUAUUGAGGGUUGGUUUUCUUCUGUAACCUAUGUGAUGAUUUCUUCUAAAAAUUUGAGAAGAAGUUGUGUAAAGUGUAUAUUCACUUCUUCUAUCAUGCAUCUUGUAACUUUACAAAGUUCCAAUAAAGUCACUUGUAUGCUGUUCAAUUUUCUCAGCAUAACUGAAGUUCUUUUUUCGUUUUUUAGCAUGUCCUUUGUAUUUAUCUAAUCAAAAUAUCAUAUUUUGAUAUUUUGAACUCUUGCUUUUUUUAUUUUCAAGUAAUACAUGCUUUUUGCCCUGUUAGUGCUGCAUAACUUAAUUUUCUAUUUACAACCUGGUUGGAGUUCCAUGACUAACUCAUAAAGGGAAAGGGGGGGGGGUAUUUUAAAAAAUAAUGAAUGAUACAAAUGUAAAAUUAAACUAUGGAGUCAUUAUUUAUUUACAUAUGUAAAAAAUAACUGUCGAUGUUGUUUUCUUUCUAUGAAUUCUUCCUUUUUUCCCCACUUGGGCACAAUAAUACACUUUGGAUCUAACAUGUUAUAUUUUAAUUUUUCACUAAACAUUUGUAAAUUUUAUGAAAUGAUACUUUUACUAAUAUGUUAUUCCUUAUCAUUUGUUCUCUCUAUUUAUUUCAACUUCAUUUACAUUGAUACUUUGAAAAUUUAUGGCUGUAUUUGUUUAUCAAUUUGACUUCUGCAUUUAAUAAAUUAUUUAUUAGCUAUGAAGUUCAUAAAUUUAUUUUCUAUAGUUCGGGACAACAAAUUAUUCUGCAUAUUUGUUGAUUUUUCUGUAAAUGCCUUUUUUUUUUAAAUCACAAAAGCAUGUAACAUACUUGAUACAGAUGCAUUACAUUUCCACUUUUUAAAUAAAAAACUUCUUCUUUUAUCGAAGUUAAGUGAGUAAGAAUUAGUUCAUAUAUUCCUAAGAGAAGAAUCUGGGGCCAUUCUGUUCAGACAAUUUGUGAUAUCUCUUCAGAAAACUUUGAAAAGUCAUCAACAUCAAACUGCCAAAAGAAGUUUUUCUUGAUGUCUAAAAAAAAUUCUCGUAACAAACUGUGUUUUGUAUCUAUGGGAGUAUUUACAAGUAUUAUCUGCUUCACAUAUGAAUUCCUCUUUCCUUUUUCUUUUUUUCCCCUGAUUAUUCUUCUUGCUCUUUCGAAAACAGUUCUUUGCUUUGCAUUUUCAUCUAAUUUCUUCCGUUUGAAGAUCAGCUUUUUUUCUGGAAUAAAUUGUAGCUUUGCAUGUUAAUCUUCCUUCUUAACUUAAAAUUGUUAUGGGGGAAUUUCUCCCUUCCUAUAAAAUGCUAGUAGGUUUUUUAAUGUGAAUGCUUUACAAAUAUGGAUGAGUUUUUUUUUCCUUUUCAAAUUUUGAAAUGUCUAGCAGAUUCAUGCUCAACAAAUAGUGUACAGAAGAGACCAUUUGAAUGCUCCAGAAGUAUUGCUUAUGUAGAUAUGUAUUAUUCUUUUUCUACAUAAAAGUUUUUAUUGAAUGUAUGCAUGUUUAUAUAUAUAUAUUAUGGGACCAUUGCCUUAAUUACAUGAUUUUCUUUCUCGUUUUGUACUUUAAAAUGUAAAUAUUUGAAUUAAACAUUCAUUUUGAAAAUUUCUAGCAUACUAUGUAAAACAGUUUUCUGUUUAAGGAGCAUGUAAU